AUGCUGAGAGGCAUUCUCGUAUCUGCUGUCUUCACUCGGUCGACGAGUCUGAGCACUGCGGACAUUGAUAACUCUGCUGCUGUAACUCUCAUGAGCACCGAUGUGGACGCUAUCGUCAGGGCUAUGCGAGAAGUUCAUGAGUUUUGGGCCAACAUCAUUCAGAUCGCUCUUGCCGCAUGGUUAUUGAGUAUCAGGAUCGGGUUCGCUUGCAUUGGCCCGAUCAUUGUCUGCGUCUUGUCACUGGCUGCAACAAUGCUCUGUUCGAAGCCGUCACAGAUGUACAUGCUAGCCUGGGUCGAGAAAGUGCAGGAGCGAAUUGGUAUAACUUCCACUAUGCUCGGCCACAUGAAAAGCAUCAAGAUGAGUGGUCUCGGACCAACACUAACCGCCGCGAUUGCGAACCUGCGUGUCAAGGAAAUCGAUGCGGCAAAGCCCUUCCGCAUGAUGUCGGCCGUCACGUCUGGGCUUGCACAGGUCCCGGUUCUGAUAUCGCCCGUGGUCGCUUUCGCCUUCUUCACCAUCACAUCGGCCAAGACAGGCGAGGCACUCGAUGCCACACGCAUGUUCUCGUCUCUCUCGCUUAUCAUGCUCCUCGGCCAGCCCCUGUUCUGGAUGUUUGAGACGGUCAUGGAUGUGUCUGCCGCCUUGGCAUGCUUCAAGAGAAUUGAGGCGUUCCUAGUGAAAUCCGACAGAACUGACAACCGCGAUGUAGCACCUGGAUCAUCGCAGAACGAUACAAUCCGGAAUAACAUUAUCGGCUUCUCGAACUUCGACCCCGAACUCUACCAAUCAGUCAUACGUUGCUGCGACCUCGACAAAGAUGUUUCGCGUCUCGAAAACGGCGACGAAACAGUGGUCGGAAGCAAAGGUAUUACCUUGAGCGGCGGCCAGAAGCAACGUGUGGAUGGGACAGUCAGCGAAAAAGGAACCUUUGAUGAGCUGCUUCGCUCUAGUGGCUAUAUCAAAGAUAUCUACCAACAACCUACGCCAAAUGACGAUCAAGAGACUAUUGAGUCUAUCAGCUCUGUUGAAGAGACCGUAAAACAGCAAGGGCAACCCAUGAGCCAAGGCACUGAAGCACCCGGAGACAAGAGGAGACAGCGCGGAGACUUUACCGUCUACCGCUUUUUCUUCGGGCAGGUUGGCCUAUGGCUCACUGUUGCAAUGCUCGUGGUUGAGAUCUCCUGGGCCUUUUUGGAGAACUUCCCAACUGUGUGGCUCAAUUUCUGGACCGAGGCGAACAAUGAGCACUCUAACCAGAGGAUCGGAUACUAUCUUGGCGUCUAUGCUGCACUGCAGGUUCUUGCAGUGCUGGCAUUCGGGCUUAUGGUCAUCACACAGUUCCUAGAGACUCUAGGCGGUCUGCCCACAAUCCGCGCCUUUGGCUGGGGAAAGUCGGCCUUAGAGCUGAACCACAAGCUGGUUGACAAGUCCCAGCGACCAUUCUACCUCCUCCUCAUGCUCCAGCAGUGGCUGACCCUGGUGUUGGACCUGGUUGUGACCGGCUUAGCUCUGCUGAUCGUCGGUCUCGCAGUCAGACUCCGCGACUCGGUGUCGGUUGGGCUGACUGGUGUGUCGCUCGUGCAACUCAUCUCCUUUGCCGAGACGCUAAAGCUGCUCAUUCAGUUCUGGACAUCUCUUGAGACGUCAAUCGGCGCGGUGGCCCGGAUCAAGAACUUCAGGGAGGAAACACCGGACGAGAGACUGCCGGGCGAGAAUCACGCGCCGCCGUCUGACUGGCCGGCAAGCGGCGCCGUAGAGAUCCGAGAGAUUUCGGCGUCUUACGGUGAGGAUCGUGAAGCCAAGGCUCUCGACGGGAUUUCACUCUCCCUGAGCGCGGGACAGAAGGUCGGGAUCUGUGGGCGGACGGGGAGCGGCAAGUCCUCUUUGCUCCUGGCCCUUCUGCGCCUUCUGGAUCUGUCCUCAGGAAGCAUGACGAUAGACGGCGUCGAUUUGUCGACUUUGCCACGGGAGGAGGUACGCUCACGCCUUAUUGCCAUUACGCAGGAGAGCUUCUUCCUCCCUGGCACGAUCCAGCAGAACAUCGACCCAUACGACGCCGCCACUCCAGAAGAUGUCGCAUCUGCACUGAAGAAAGUGGGCCUGUGGGAAACGAUCGAUGCAAAGGGCGGUUUGGCUGCCAAGUUCGAGGAGGACAUGCUCAGCCAUGGACAGAAGCAACUAUUCUCGCUGGCGCGUGCGAUACUGCGGAAGAACAGAGGAAGAGUGGUGCUUUUCGACGAGGCGACGAGCAGUGUUGACCACCACACUGAUGCGCUGAUGCAAGAGAUCAUCCGCGAAGAGUUCCGUCAUCACACGGUCGUAUCGAUCGCUCAUCGACUGGAGACUGUUGUGGACUUUGACCGUGUUGUCGUGCUGGAGAAGGGGUGUUUGGUUGAAGAGGGCAAUCCGCAGGAGCUCUUGAUAAGUGGCAAAGGCAAGUUCAAGGAACUCUGGGAUGCGAGUCGCCAUGCUGGUCGAUCAAGCUGA